AUGAUGCUCUCUGUACCGAGAGUUCGGGCUACCCUUGCCAUCGGUGCCUUGUGGAUUCACUCAUGUGCAGCCUUCUAUCUCCCCGGUGUUGCACCACACGAUUACACCAUAGAGGAUCCUGUUCCACUCACAGUCAACUCGCUCACCCAAAUGUCCAACCAACAAGUCAAAUCCGUCAUCUCGUACGAUUACUAUGAUGAGCGCUUCCACUUUUGCAAACCAGAAGGAGGCCCAGAGAAACAAUCCGAAAGUUUGGGUAGUAUCUUGUUUGGUGAUCGCAUCUUUUCUUCUCCUUUUGAGCUUCGCAUGGGCAGAGACCAAACUUGCGAGUUAUUAUGUGAGACCGAGCCCAUUCCCACUGAAGAUGCCAAGUUUAUCAACCAAUGCAUCACCGAUGGCUAUGCUAUGAACUGGGUCAUCGAUGGUUUGCCAGCUGCACACGAAGAUCGCGACGAGCAUACUCAAGAAUUGUAUUACAACAUUGGAUUCAGCCUUGGCUACACCAACAAUGGUCAACCAGCACUCAACAAUCAUUACAAGAUCAGCAUCUAUUAUCAUGAUCGACCUGAUGGCAAACGUCGUGUCGUUGGUGUCGUCGUUCACCCUAUCAGCAAAGACACAAAACUUGAUGCUCAAGGCAAGCCCGACUGCAGUCCCGAAAACUUGGCAUUCUAUCUCAAGGAAGAUGGCAAGUCAAAGGUUGUUUACACUUAUGAUGUUGAAUGGUUGCCUUCGGAAACUGCAUGGGCCACCCGCUGGGACAUGUAUCUUCAUAUCCUUGAUCCUUCGAUUCAUUGGUUCUCCCUUGUCAACUCGAUUGUGAUUGUACUAUUCUUGACUGGUAUGGUGGCAAUGAUCUUGUUGCGCGCAUUGCAUAAGGAUAUUUCACGCUACAACUCGAUUGAGGCACAAGAGGAUGUCCAAGAAGAUUACGGAUGGAAAUUGAUUCAUGGUGAUGUCUUCCGAGCUCCUCCUCGACCUAUGCUCUUGUCAGUCCUUGUUGGCAGUGGUACCCAACUUAUUGCCAUGACAGCCUUGACCCUUGUAUUUGCUGUGCUUGGUUUCCUUUCUCCCUCCAACCGUGGCUCGCUUGCAACCGUGAUGAUCAUUUUCUUUAUGGUGUUUGCAUGCAUUUCUGGUUAUGUGUCGGCUCGUAUCUAUAAGAUGAAUGGUGGUGAGGCCUGGAAGCUUAACGUCUUUAUGACAGCUGUGUUAUUCCCAGGAGCGAUCCUCGGCUCAUUGUUUGCACUCAACUUUUUCUUGAUUGCAUCUCACUCCUCAGGCGCUGUACCAUUUGGCACUAUGGUGGCUGUCUUGGCACUUUACAUGAUCAUUUCUUUCCCAUUGAGCGUGGCCGGUUCCUACUUUGGUUUCCGCAAACCUCGCAUUGAGCAACCCGUGCGCACAAAUCAAAUCCCACGUCAAAUCCCUGAUCAGCCAUUCUAUUUGCAACCUAUUCCUUCGAUUUUGAUGGGUGGCAUUCUUCCAUUUGGUGCAAUCUUUAUCGAGCUUUAUUUCGUCAUGAACAGCAUUUGGUUCCACCGCAUCUAUUAUGGUAUCGGCUUUUUAUUCCUCGUCUUUUCGGUGUUGCUCUUGACUUGCUCCCAAGUCACCAUCUUGAUGUGCUACUUCCACCUCUGCAACGAGGACUAUCACUGGUCUUGGCGCUCCUUCCUUACAGCUGGCGCUUGUGGUCUUUACGUCUUUUUGUAUUCCAUCCUGUACUACUUUACUAAGCUCGAGAUCGACGAUUUCAUCAGCACCGUGCUGUAUGCUGGCUACUCGGGUAUCAUUAGUGUCAUGGUUUCCGUUUUGACAGGCUCGGUUGGUUAUCUUGCAUGUUUGUUCUUUUUACGCAAGAUCUUCUCAAGCAUCAAAGUAGACUAA